AUGAUAGACAUCCAGGUCCUCCAGCCCGACGACUGGCAACUUUGGCGCUCAUUGCGACUACAGGCGCUCGCCGAGGCGCCGCACGCCUUCGGCGCGACGCUAGCCGACUGGCAAGGCUCAGGCGACCGGGAGCAGCGGUGGCGAGCGCGGCUGGCGAUCCCCGGGUCGCGCAACGUCAUUGCGCGUCUCGAGGGGCGUCCCGUCGGCAUGGUCAGCGGGGUGCCGGCUGAGCGGGGAGGAGACGGCCCGGAUGAUGAUGCGAUCGAGUUGAUCUCGAUGUGGGUGAGCCCCGAGGCGCGCGGGCGGGGCGUGGGCGACCAGCUUGUGGGCGAGAUGGAGCGGUGGGCGGCCGGACUCGGCGUGCGCACGAUGCGCCUGUCGGUGAGGCCUUCGAAUGCGGCGGCUGUCGCGCUCUACCGGCGCCACGGGUUGAAGGAGACGGGCGAGAGUAUUGGCGACGCAACGCCCGACAGGACCGACCAAGAGCGUGUCAUGGCGAAGCAGGUACCUGGACGGAGGUAA